AUGACAGGAAGACGCUCUUCUGCGCGCCUUGCCGCUCAAUCGCAGACCUCCUCUCCGUCGCAGCCGAAGUCGUCGCCCGCCAGUAAGAAGCGAAAGAAUGAGGCUACAGGCUCUUCGCCGAUCGCAAAGCGCGGUAAGAAGGCAGCCGAGCCAGAGCAGAAGACUCUAGAGGAGACUAUCCAGAAUGGCCAGCAUGAUCACCCGGCUCCUGAAAAGCAAAAGGAAGAAAAGGUUGAGGAAAAGGACCAGGUCAAGCCAGAGGAAACCAAGGCCGAACAAGCGAACGGCCAUGCUGUUGAAGCCAAAGAAGAAGACAGCAAGCCGCAGGUCGAAGACGCCGUCAAGACAACCGGUCCUGAUGCCGAAGAAGCCCAGCCAGAAACCAAAGCAGAGACCGGAGCAGAAGAAGCCACUCACACAGAAGAAACGAAGCAAGAGGAGAGUUCAGAGCCGAGUCAGGCUAACGGUAACGCCGUUAUUGCCGAUGGACGAGAAGGCGAUGAUGUUCCAUCCAGCAUCCUCGAAAAGGGCAUCAUCUACUUCUUCUUCCGCGCCAGAGUCAACGUCGAUGAUCCUCAAGACGUCAACGACGUCGCCCGGACUUACGUCGUUCUGCACCCACUUCCGAUCGAUGCCAAACUCGGAAACGGCCCGAUCGAUGAUGCGGCAACCUCUCGACUCCUGGCCCUGCCCAAGAAGGUCCUUCCACAAAGCGGCAGGGACAGGUUCCUGGCCUUUGUCGAGAAAGCCAAGACGAGCUUGCAUGAUCUCAAGGGUUCGUUCCUGGCCGGCUCGGACUACGUCACCAAGACACAGGGGACGAGCCAUUCGCCUCCAGCCACUCCCCUGGCAGAGGGCGUCUAUGCAAUCACCUCGACAGGUCGUGAGUCGCAUCUAGCCUACAUCAUCACCAUCCCAGGCGAGCUCGGAGAAGUCCAGAAGGAACUCGGUCUCCAGGAGCGCGGAAGCUUUAUCCUGAGUGUGAAGAAUCCCAGCAAACCCCAGCCCAGCAACACCAAUCUGCCAAAAGGCCCAGAGUAUCCGCAGGAGCUCCUGGAUGAGUUCCGAGAUCUCCGCUGGAAGCCGCUGGAGCCCAAAUAUCUGGACUACCCCAACACACAGGUGCUGAUCAUCGGAGGCCAUUGGGACGCGGCCACGGAGCAGAGGCCCAAAGACGAACGAGAGGGCAAGGCGCCUCCGGAAGAUGAGCUGGACAGGCUGGAAGGCGAGGACGAAAUCCGAGUGAAGCACCUCAAAGGUGACGAUGCCGUCUUUGCAGAUCUGGGAGUAGCAUCCAAAGACUUUCCCAAAGUGCCCUCCACCUGGUAA